AUGUUUGCGACGAUCGACCGUCCCAGAGCUGAGGUUAGCGAGAAGGAAGCAUGUGCUAUUGCUGAAGCAGUAUGGUCUGAAUUUUCCCAACUACCUGGCGCAUCUUCAGUGCCGAGCAGCUCCUUCAUCCAGAAGGCUACAAAACUUGCUAAGACCUCCCACGAAAAUUCAUUCACUGACGUUUGUGAACGAUUUGGGUUGCGAGCCCAAGUUCCUGUGUCUUUCGUGGAUGUGGGACUGAAAGAUGAUCAUCCAAUCCUAUCCGUCGCAGACAUGAUCGGUUGUUUGUCUGAGAAAAACAAGCUUGACCUGUUGCUGACUGGACAUAGCCCCUCCCAGUUCCAGCGAUUUUGGGAACAAUGGAGAGGCUCGAAUUCAUCCCAUCCAGUAUUUCAGCAACACGAGGGCAGGCUCGACACUUGCGUGCCAGUAUAUAUUCAUCUCGACGAGGGCACAUCUAUCAAGAAGCGAGGAUUGAUGGUAACCCAUUGGCAGCCCACUUUGGGCAAAGGAACAUCGCGAAACAAGAAUGACAUGAAUAUGCUGGGGGCAAGCAUCACCACGAGGUUCCUCUACAGUUGCAUGCUAGCCAAAGUGUACGGUGGGAAACAGAAAAACAAACCACUGUUGGAGUUGACGAAGCAUCUCGCACAAGAGCUCCGCAUGCUGUUCUACGACGGGCUGUUGGUGAAGGUGAAUGGAAGUUCUCAAAGGCUCUUUAUCAUAUGCAUCGGCAUGAAGGGAGAUUGGGCGGGGUUGGCAAAAGUCGGGGCACUCAAUCGAAGCUUCCAUCAUGACACCCCUUCAAAGCCAUUCGGCAACGGGAUCUGUCACUUGUGCAAGGCGGGUCGAGAGAACCACCCGUGGCAUUUGGUGGACUACGAGUCAAUGGUGCAGGCACACCAGGACGUCCCUCCACCAUGGCGGCAAGAGCCGCCACUCGUGCAAUUUAUUCCUUGCAACCCUUACAAGGCGUCGUUUUUCCGGAUAGACAUGUUCCACACAUGCCACAAAGGGCUAUGCGCCGACAUCGCGGCGAAUGGCAUCGUCACCCUAAUCGACUUGGAAAUCUACGGUACUGCAGACGUCAAGAUUCAGCUCGGGGUUAUCUAUGAAGAACUGCGGUUCUACUGUGCAAACGAAGGCCUUCAGCUGCACAUGAUGGGGCUUACCCGGACUUUGGUCGGGAACUGGUUCAAGGGGGCCGACACGGUGUCCAUAUGCAAGUUCUUGCAGCACAAGUUUGCUUCGGUGCUGAUAGCUUGUGAACAGGAUGCACAGCCUUAUGUUCGAAACAUCUUGACAAUGCUUCGGGCCUGCAACAAGUUUAUGUCGACGAUGUACCAUGGGGAUGUUUUUCUGACGAACGACGAGAGGAACACCCUCAUUCGCACUGGAUAUGUGAUUACCAGCAAGUUUACUGCUUGCGCCUCCCAUGCAUUUCUCACCUUGAACAUUCCGCGGUACAAGUACCAACCAAAGUUUCACUUUUUUGCAGAGGUUGUCUUCAAGCUUGAAGAAGACCGGAGGGCUGGUGUAGCAUCGGUAAACCCGGUGCUAGAAUCAACCCAAAUCGAUGAAGACUUCAUCGGAAGAAUAUCAAAGUUCUCACGGGAAGUUUCAAGUCGAACGAUCCAUAUUCGGACAUGUAAGAAAUACCUGAUGUCUUUAGCAUCGCUAUGGUAG